AGAGUGGGCACACCGUGAUACCAUCACUGUAUUUAGGAGUGGUGUCAUCAAUAGGUGAUAUAUAUAUAUAUAUAUAUAUAUUUCAAUCAAUUUCAAUGCCUUUAUGACAAUACACAAUGCAAUCACUUACAUUGUUCAGUUGAAUGCAGUGUUAAUAAGUGGAGACUGCUUAACAGGUUGCAUGUGCGUUUGAAGUAGUGAAGGAUCUCUUGUGGGUUGUAUCAUUUUUCUUAGAGCAAUAUUAUCUCGACGUGCAAAAUGUCCCUGAAAAAAGAUUUGAUGUUACUUCGCAAACCAUAUUAUUUGGUAAACAUUCUUUUGAGUUUGACGUACGUGAUUUCUAAAAGAAUUCCUAUGGUUUGUCAUAUGCUUGGACAAGCGGAAUGCGAACUUGACAGCAGAGAAACGGAAAUCCUAUUCUUUCUAAUGAUCGUUAUAAUGAUUAGAACUCGGAAAGCUGGGAGUGUAACGAUGAUUAACUAUUUGUCAUCCAGUUUCGUCUAUACGAAAGUAACAAACUUGAUUUUGUGGUUCUACGCAGACAUAAGAAUGGGUAUCUUAUUUGCAGCCCUCUGUAUUUUAUGUGGGUUGUUAUUACCCGAACCAACUUAUCAAGGUCCCGAAAAAGUGAUAUACCUAAGAGGAGCAACUAGUUUACAAGAAGAGUUUCAACGUGACAUCAAAGUUACAUGGCUCGUAGCUUUCUACACUGCCUGGAAUCCGGCUUGUGUGACUUUUGCACCGAUAUUUUCUCAAUUAUCGGUUGAGUUCGCCUUAGACAAUUUCAAAUUUGGGAAAGUAGAUGUCGGAAGGCAUCCAGACGCAGCGGCAAAGUAUCAUAUCUGCGAUGCAAGUACGAGUAAACAAUUGCCAACUUUAAUUCUCUUUAAAGAAGGAAAAGAAGUAGACAGGCGACCUUACGCGGACAACAAAGGGAAGCUUGUUAAGUUUCUCUUUUCUAUAGAUAAUGUAAAAGCAGCAUUUGAUCUCAAUAAUGUGUACCAGAAUUGCAGAACAGACUUGGCCAAGAAGAAAGACAAAAAGCAAUUAAAGCAGGAAUAAUUGAUUGAUGCGAAGUUGUCCUCGAUAGUAGUGAAAUUGGAACUUAUCUUCCACUAACUUCAGCAUACGUUCCUGUAAUACAAGAAAAAAUACUGUAUGAUGCCAUCAUGUUACAAAGUGUGUUGAUGUUGUUUGACACUAAUGUGGUCCAACGUAUAAACUAUGGAGAUUACUUUAGGCAAGCUCCGUGGUCUAAAGACAAGUACUACUUUGAAAAAGCAAUCUAAGUCAAGACCUAAUUCUUGUUACCAUGUUUCUAAUUCAGGGUGGCCACUAGCAAGAAAACUUUUCCAAUCACUAGAGAACGGAUUAGUCACUGUGAAGUUAACGGUUGAGCGCUGCUCGGCUCUCACACGCGGAGAACCCCAGCUAGACCAUCAUUUGUUCUGGACAAUUUCGAAUUGGAAGCGUAUGAAAUUUAGGACAAAUGUGUGAAAUAAUUUUGAAUUGAAAACUUACCAAUUCUAAAUAUUUUGGAUAGAUCAAAUU